GCUGGCCUCGCUGUGGGUUCGCCUCUUCCCACCAACGCCCUCCGGUGUGUGGUCGUCGCCACGAGGUUCUCCCAGAGCUUGGCUGACCAAGGCUGGCUUAGAAGGCUCUUUCCUUACCCAGAAAAAUGGGGACUGACAGUGAAAGCCCAGUCCUGAGGAACAUGCUUAUCAGCUUCAACUUGCUACUGCUAGGCACCAUCCUCAAGCCUUUUGAGUGCCGGCUAGAAGUGACAACAGAGGCAGCCAAGAGGCCAGUGGUGGAUGAGGAGGGCAGCGUUGCCAACUGCAGCCCACCCAUCAAAGAGCAGCCCAUGGUCUUCCACCACAUCUACAACAUUAACAUCCCCCUGGACAGCUGCUGCUCGUCAAUGCUCAAGUCUUCAGCCGAGGAGGUGAGUUCGGAAGACGACAGGAUGGCGGAGUAUGCAGAGCAGACCUCAGACAGCGAGAGCCAGGUCACCUUCACCCACAGGAUAAACUUCCCCAAGCAGGCCUGCAAGUGCUCCACCUCCUUCCCGUCCAUGCAGGAUCUGCUGAGCAGGAUUGAGAUGCUGGAGAGGGAGGUCUCCAUGCUCCGGGACCAAUGCAACUCCAAUUGCUGCCAAGAAAAUGCAGCCACAGACCUCGCCACGCCGCAAGGGCUGAAGUUCAAGACCAUCACCGAGACGACUGCCGAGGUGCAGUGGGAGCCCUUCUCCUUCCCUUUCGACGGCUGGGAGAUCAGCUUCAUCCCCAAGCUUGGCAAGGCCCGGCUGGCCAGCCGCUGCCCUCACUACGUCCCCCUUGCUGACCACCGCCCGCAUGUCUCUCCUCCAGUAAUUGACGGUCCAACCCAGAUCCUGGUGCGGGACGUCUCCGACACCGUGGCCUUCGUGGAGUGGACGCCACCGCGCGCCAAGGUGGAUGCCAUCCUUUUUUUUAACGGGGAGGGGGGGAAGACCCCCUUCCGCCUGCAGCCCCCGCUGAGCCAGUACUCCCUGCAGGCCCUGCGCCCGGGCUCCCGCUACGAGGUGGCCGUCAGCGGCCUGCGAGGCACCAACGAGAGCGACGCUGCCCUCACCCACUUCACUACAGAGAUCGACGCCCCCCAGAACCUGCGCCAGGGAGACUCUGACUACUUAGAGGACGGAGCUAUGGCAACAUGCUUGCUAACAAAGGGGGAGCAGGGAGGCCAGGGUGCUCAUGGCCAAGCAAUGGCACAGCCAGGCACUGCUCUCACUGCCCUCUCUCUGUCUCCCUUGCACCUCCUGGCAGAUCUGGUGCCAGGAACUGAGUACGGCAUUGGGAUAUCGGCCGUCAUGGACAGCCAGCAGAGUGUGCCAGCUACCAUGAACGCCAGGACCGAGCUCGACAGCCCCCGGGACCUCCUGGUGACAGCCUCCACAGAGACAUCCAUCUCCCUGGCCUGGACCAAGGCCAAGGGGCCCAUCGACCACUACCGCGUCACCUUCACCCCGGCCUCAGGGAUGGCUUCCGAAGUGACGGUGCCCCAGGACAGGUCACAGCUCACCCUUUCGGACCUGGAGCCUGGGACAGAGUACACCAUCUCAAUCAUUGCUGAGCGGGGACGCCAGCAGAGCCUGGAGUCCACUGUGGAUGCAUUCACAGGGGUCCGGCCCAUCACGCAGCUGCACUUUUCCCACCUGACGUCCUCCAGCGUGAACAUCACCUGGAGCGAUCCGUCACCACCAGCUGAUCAGCUCAUCUUGUACUACAACCCACGGGGCAAAGAGAAGGCACAGCAGCUCAUGCUAGAUGGCACCAGGAGACACGCCAGCCUGAUGGGGCUGCAGCCAGCCACUGAGUACCAGGUGUCACUGGUGGCUGUGCACGGCACGGUCAGCUCAGAGCCCAUCACGGGCUCUAUAACUACAGGGAUCGAUGCUCCAAAGGACCUCAGGGCAGGCAACGUGACCCAGGACUCCAUGGUCAUCUACUGGACCCCUCCCAUCGCUGCUUUUGACCACUACAGAAUAUCCUACAGGGCUGCCGAAGGGAGGACGGACACCACCGCGAUCCCCAGAGAUGCUACUGAAUAUGCUCUCCACCGCCUGCAGCCCGCUACCGAGUAUGAGAUCACUGCGAAGAGCGUGCGGGGCCGGGAGGAGAGCGAGCUGGCCUCACUCACUGCAUACACAGCCAUGGAUGCCCCCUUGGGUGUCACUGCCACCAACAUCACCCCCACCGAGGCCUUGCUGCAGUGGAACCCGCCGCUAUCGGAUGUGGAGAACUACGUCAUCGUCCUCACCCGCUACACAGUUGCAGGAGAAACAAUUCUGGUGGAUGGAGUCAACCAGGAGUACCAGCUGACCAACCUUCUGCCCAGUACCACCUACACGGUCACCAUGUAUGCCACCAAUGGGCCUUUCGCCAGCCAGACCAUCAGUACCAACUUUACAACUCUUCUGGACCCUCCGACAAAUCUGACCGCAAGCGAAGUCACUCGACGGAGCGCCCUUCUGUCCUGGAUGCCUCCAAUGGGAGAGAUUGAGAACUACAUCAUGACCUACAGAUCAACUGAUGGAAGCCGUAAGGAGCUGAUUGUGGAUGCCGAAGACACCUGGAUCCGCCUGGAGGGACUUUCCGAGAUGACAGAGUACACCGUGCGCUUGCAGGCUGCCCAAAAUGCCAUGCGGAGUGGCUUCACCUCCACCACCUUCACUACAGGUGGUCGUGUCUUUGCUAAUCCUCAGGACUGCGCCCAGCACCUGAUGAACGGCGACACGCUGAGCGGGGUCUACACCAUCUCCAUCAACGGUGACCUUGGCCAGAGGGUGCAGGUGUACUGCGACAUGACCACAGACGGAGGCGGGUGGAUCGUAUUCCAGAGGCGGCAGAACGGGCUGACGGAUUUCUUUCGGAAGUGGGCAGAUUACCGGGUUGGCUUCGGAAACUUGGAGGAUGAAUUCUGGCUGGGCUUGGACAACAUCCACAAGAUCACCUCCCAGGGGCGCUACGAGUUGCGAAUAGACAUGAGAGAUGGCCAGGAAGCAGCGUACGCCUACUACGACAAGUUCUCCAUCGGUGACUCCAGGAGUCUGUACAAGCUCCGAAUAGGAGACUACAACGGCACCUCUGGGGAUUCCCUCACCUACCACCAAGGCCGCCCUUUCUCCACCAAGGACAGGGACAACGAUGUCGCUGUGACCAACUGCGCCAUGUCAUACAAAGGGGCCUGGUGGUACAAGAACUGCCACCGGACCAACCUCAAUGGCAAGUACGGCGAGUCCCGGCACAGUCAGGGGAUUAACUGGUACCAUUGGAAAGGCCACGAGUUCUCCAUACCCUUUGUGGAAAUGAAGAUGCGACCCUACAACCACCGUAACAUCUCUGGGAGAAAGCGACGGUCCCUACAGCUCUGAGCCAGCAGGACCCCUCUCCCACCUCCCACCACCUGACCGUUUCUGUCAUUUGUUUGUAUUUUAUAAUAUGAAAAGGGAUACAAAAAUACUGCUCCUCUGAGAUAGCAACCCGCCCCUCACGAGUCCUGGAGGGAACCGCGGCACAAGUAAAGGCUAUGGGAAAGGAAAGACCUCAUUGCUUUGCAUCAGUCCCAGAGAAAAACCAAAUUUCCAGUCUCCCUACCCCAAAACUCUUGCCCUUAACAUGAAAAGAAAGACAGAAAGAGACAGACAGAUUUUUGAUAUUUUUUUAAAAGACUUAGAAGUCCCCAGCAAGUCCUGUCAGAAGCAUUUCAUUUGCCCUACCACCACCAUCUCUGCUGUGACAUCCCUCCUUCGUUCCCAGAGGGGACCCUGUUCACCAGUGGCCCUGGUUGGGACAGGCCUGGCCACGGUGCAGGGCAGACCCUCUCUUUGGACGGGUCACCUCCCUGCAGCCUAGGACCUGUCAGACUCUCAGACCACAUGGCAGAAACCUUCGCCCUCAGGAUCUUGAUGCAGCUGUUUCCACCCCUACAAGAGUGGCCAGAGA